GGCUGAUCCCUGCUGGGGAAGGGAGGAGAGGAAAAGGGGACAGUCCAAAGGGGAUCCUCGGUGUCUGGGAUUAAACAUCGUGAAAAUAGUGUCCUGGUGUGAUGGUCACUCUGUGCUGUUCAUGUGAAUUCUGCAUUUUGUACACUGUGGUGCCGUAGCCGUGUUGUUCCCAGGAAAUUAGAGAGACAAGUAUAUUUCACCAGCAAAUUAGAGACAGUGUGUGAUGGACGCAGGAAGAGAGGAGACAUUGUCGACUUCCUGUAGCUGGAGCCACCAGCUGAGUUCCUCAUUUGGGGCUCAGUGGAGCUGGACACCGGGGUGUUGGAGGAAGCACUGAGGGGCCCCUCACGGCCCCCAUUAUGGCGUCUGCUCUCAUGAUCCUCUUCCUUGGCUGCUGGCUGGCCGGGCAGAGCGGGGUGUCGGGACAGACCUACUACUCCAAACCCUCCAUCUCCCUGAGCCCCAGCACGGGGGUGACCCCGGGGGGAGCCGUGACCAUCCAGUGUCGGGGUCGGUACCAGAACAUGAGGUUCCUUCUGUACAAAGAUGGAAACUCAACCGCGCUGCAGGUCGCGGAGCCGGCUGGGAACCUGGCUGAGUUUUCCAUCCGCAGUGUGAGACGCAGAGACGCAGGGAGCUACCGCUGCCGAUACAGCAACAAAACGGACCUGUCUGCUUCUUCGCAUCCCAGUGACCCCGUGGAGCUGGUGGUAGCAGAAGGAACCGACCCAGCUGGGACCCAGCAGCCGGAUCCCCCCACGACAAAGCUGGAGGGAGAAGGGGGAACCGACCCAACUCCGCUGAGAAUGACGACGGCUCCCACCCAACCAGGCAGCGCGGGGCCAGGUCCUGUGGCCUAUAGGAUUAGCCUGCUUGCUUGCAUAUAUGUAUCAUUUCUUAUAGUUUAAGUACCUUAUAUACUCGUUCAUAAGCCGAAUAUUUUUGGUAAAAAAGUGACGCAUGCAAGAGCCGGGGUCGGCAUAUAAACGGGUCUACAUCAAAAUGUGAUGAUUUAAAACUCUAUGGAAUCAUUCCCGCAGCUCCCAUUGGCUGGGAAUGGUGAACCGCAGCCACAGGGAGCUGAGGGGCUCCAUGCCUGCCAACGCGCCAAGGAAACAAAAACGUCCCACCAGCGACUUACCCUGACAGGCCGGGAGCCAAAGUUUGCCGACCCAUUUAUUGAUGUCAAUAUUCUCGGCCGGUGCAAGGAUGUUUCAUGCCCUAGACAAAACUUCCACCUUGUGCCCCCCCGUUCCCCACCCUGAGGCGCCCCCUCCCCCACGGCAGCUCCCCCCCCUCCACCCUGGGGCACCCCCCUCUACAAUAACAAUAAUCUAUUGUCAUACUAGUAUUGAAAAGGAACAAUGGUGAAAUCAAAAGAAAAAGGUCUGCUUAUCACGCAGCGUUCAAACGGAAAGUUGUUGAAUAUGCAGAAGCAAACAAUAAUUGCGCCGCUGCUCGUGAAUUCUGUAUCAAUGAGAAGCAAGUAAGAGAAUAGCAAAAAAAUCAAACAACACUAGAAGACAUGCCAAGAAGCAAGAAAAAAUGUCCAACGAGGUGCACUUCAUUUCCUGAGCUGGAGAAAGAUCUCCGUAAUCGGGUUGUUGAAUGUCGACAAAAUGGGUACAUUGUCACCAGGACUGGAAUUCGUCUGCGUGCUCUGCAAAUGUCGAAAGACGACAAUACAGGUCAGUAAAGCCGUCAAUGUUUGUCGCGUCAGCGGGUUGGUGUACUCGCGUCAUGAACCGUCAUGGUCUUUGUCUUCAUCUGCCUAGAGAUCUGGAAGAAAAAAUCGAAUCUUUCCAAAGGUUGAUUAUAAAAUAUCGAAAGGACUAUGCAUUUGAACUGUCACAAAUAAGAAAUAUGGACAAAACACCAAUGACAUUCGAUCGCUGGAGCAGCAGAACAGUAACCGGUGUUGGUGAAAAACCAGUUUUCAUUAAAACCACUGGCCAUGAAAAAAAUCCAUUUUACGGUGGUUUUUUCAUGUUUGGCAAAUGGAUCAAAGCUCCCUCCUCUUGUUAUUUUUGAAAGAAAAACCUUGCCUAAAAACAUGAAAUUUCCUGCUGGUGUCAUCGUACGUGCGCAUGUAAAGGGAUGGAUGGAUGAAAGUGGGACUGUUGAAUGGCUGGAAAAAGUGUGGAAUAAGAGACCACGAGCACUUUGCAAGAAACCUGCUAUGCUCGUUUGGGACAUGUUCAGGGCACACAAGACGGAUGAGGUGAAAAAUGUGGCCAAAAAUAUGAAAACUACAUUGGCUGUAAUACCUGGAGGCUUAACUUCAACUCUACAAUCGCUGGACGUCUGCCUGAACAAACCCUUUAAAGACAGGCUAUGCAAACUGUGGUCUGAAUGGAUGUGCUCAGGCAUGGCGAAGCUGACAAAAGUUGGGAAUCUUACGAAGCCCAAAAUCAAUCUGGUCGCCCAGUGGAUUAAGGACGCAUGGGUGUCCAUUCCCUCGGAAAUGUUUGAAAAAUCAGGAAAAUUAGGAAAUGCUGCAUCAGCAAUGCACUCGACAGGUCAGAAGAUGAUGCCAUAUUUGAUGAUGACAUGACAGAGGCUGAUGAUGAGAAGAAAUCGGAGUCUGAAGACGGCAGUGACGACAUCUAUGAUGACAAUGCAGGUGCAGCUGUGACACUCCGAGUUUAAUGAACCGUGUCUCGAAUUGGAGUCUGAUUCAGACUUUGAAGGAUUUUAAGACUUUUUAAAGUCUCGUAUUGUUCUAAGUUACUUGUUUUAAAUAUCCAUUUACUGAUUUUAAAUAUUGACUGUAAUUUUGAAGGUGAAUACAUAUUUGUUCAGUUAUUAUUAUAACAACAACACGUUUUUUUGGUAGAGUACAUUAAAAUAAUUCUAGCAAAACUUUUGAGUGUUUCUUGUGAUGCCAGCUUUUAAAAUAUAUCAGGGGUCAGAAAACUUUGGCUCCCGGACCGUCAGGGUAAGCCCCUGUCGGGUUGGGGCGUUUUGUUUACUUGGAGCGUCUGCCAGCACAGAGCCCCUCAGCUAAGAAGUAAGUGCAGCCUAACAUUUUUGUGGGUGAGGAAAUAAAGUUUGGGCCGAGGAGGAAGGAUUUCCGGCACCUGUGCCCUAUAAAUGAGACAACCCACCGUGCUGGAGGGGAUCCAUCUGUCUAUGACGACUACUAAGAAUUAGGAGGCUGUAUUCGUUUUUUCCCCCCAAACUGUAAGUUCCAAGGGGACUCGGCUAAGCUUGGUUUCCCUAAGCUUUUGUUCUUAGUUUUGUUUAUUAGGCUUUAAUUUUAAGUAUAACUUUGUUACGUAAAAUCUAAGUUAGCUUCGAUAGCGCUUAGCAUUAGUUUCAUCUAAGUGCUGCACCUCGCAUUCAAGAACUGAGGAACCGGAACUGCCAGAGGCGAGGCCGGUCCUGUGUCUCUCACCACCAGGUUAUUGAGGAAGGAUGUGAGUAUAUUAACAAAACUUUGUAGUAUAUAAUACCAUAAUAUGUAUCUUUUGAAUAGCAGUAAUGCAAUUGUAACUCCGAUUA